AUGUCCCGUCCAUUCCUCAACAUGGCUGCCCGCUCAUCAGCAACGGCAGCCACAGCAUCCUCCCGCAUCGCCGCGGCAGCCACGUCCGGUCCAUCACGCCGCACCAUCGUCCACUCGGCUCGCGCUCGCCUUCCUCUGUCCACCCGUGUCCACUCUCCGCUGCUCUCGCCGUCCCUCGCUGCCGUCCGCUUCUACCGUCCAGGAUUUGGCCAGAGUCGAGAGGAGAGGGCAGCCGCGGCCGCUGAGGCUGCCGAAUUAGCUGCCAACCCUCUCAUGCGCCGUAACCAUGACAUUCCCUUUCAGACCGUUCAGCUCGUUGACCCGGCAACAAACAAGCUGGACGAGCCCCAAUCAAAGUCCAGCAUUCUGCGCAACAUGGACUUUAGCCAGGAGGCCCUCGUCGUCGUCCAGGCCGAUCCACCCAUUGUCAAGAUUAUCAAUCUCGAAGAAGAGCGUCACGCCAAACGCGAGUUUGACGCCAGGGCCAAGCUGCAGCGCAAGACCUCGAUGGAGGACAAGGAGCUCCAGGUGCCCUGGAAUGCGGCCCCCAGCGACAUGCAGCACAAGAUCAACACUGCCCGCAACAUUCUCGAGAAGGGCGACCGCGUGCACCUCAUCUUUGCCACUCGGUCCGGCGCCGGCCUGAAGAACAAGAUUACCGAGGAGCAGCGCCUAGAAAUCGUCAAGAACUUUGACGUCCAGCUCGGCAUGUCUGCCAAAAAGUGGAAGGCGGACGACCAGACCCGUGGCAUGUGGAUCUGCUACUGGCAGCCCCUUCCCUCCAUCCAGGCCGAGCACCGCACAAAGGUCGUCGGCGUCGAGUCGGACAAGAAGCGCAUCCGCGACGAGAAGAAGGAGGCCCGGCGGAUCAAGGAGGCAGAGCGUCUGCGCAAGGCCGAGGAGCGCAAGGCCAACGGGGGAAACUAG